AUGCAAUGGGGACAAUUUAUUGCCCACGAUGUUUCCAAAACUACAAUGUUAAAUAAUCAAAUCUGUGCAAGUUGUCUUCCAGAAGGCGGUACUUGUUUUCCUGUAAUGCUUAGCCGUCUGGAUCCAACAUUUGGCCGUUUUCUCUGCCUUCCGGUUGCUCGCUCGUCUCCUGUCUGCGGAACAGGAGAAGACAAUAAUGUUCGUCAGCAAUACAAUGAGAACACAGCCUUUAUUGAUGGAUCUAUGGUUUAUGGAAGCAGCCAUCGAGACCAAUUUGUUUUUCGCCAAGGUGCUUUUAUGAAAACAAACGUCCUUCGUUCCCGUGUAUUUCCUCCUGUCGACAAUAAUCAAAAUAUUAUUGCUGGGGAUGAUAGAGCGAAUAUUUUUGUUGGUUUAGCUGCUUUGCAUACUCUUUUUGUUCGCGAACAUAAUCGAAUUGCUUUGCUUCUUCAAAAAGUGAAUCCGCAUUGGGAUCAUGACAGAAUUUAUUUGGAGACUAGAAGAAUUGUUGGGGCUGUUAUACAAAAAAUAACAUAUGAAGAUUAUUUGCCUAGGCUUUUUGGAAAAAAAUUUGAUGAACUUAUUGGAAAAUAUAAGGGAUAUAAUCCUAAAGUUGACCCCUCUAUUUUUAAUGAAUUUACAAGUUGCGCAUUUCGGUUUGGUCAUGGAAUGAUUCAAGUGCUUUGCUUUUUUAUUUGA